GGAUUUCCCUCACUAUAUAAACCCCCCUUCCCUCUCUUGUCCCCUCACACGUAUUUCUCGCUCUCCUCACACGUAUUUCUCGCUCUCUGGUCAGGCCCUUUACCUGAUAUUUCGCAGCCUGAUAUUUUCCUCUUCGCUCGAAGCCUCGGAGGAGUUGACUUGCGCUCGGCCAAAGAUGGCACUGGUUUCCGGAGGAUCAAGGUUGAAUCCCAAUGCCCCUCUCUUCAUCCCUGUGGCUCUGCGACAGGUGGAGGAUUUCUCCCCGGAAUGGUGGCAACUGGUCACAACCUCCACAUGGUACCAUGAUUACUGGCUCAGUCAACAGGGUGAGGAUGGCUUCUAUGAUAAUACCCAGAAUGAAGUUGACAAUGUCGCCGAUUUGCUUCCAGAGACCUUUGAUCUCGAUGUUGGUGAUGACUUCUCCAGUCUAGAAGAAUCUCAGUUUGAAGAGUUCCUUCAGAUGUCUCAUACUGAAGGUAAAAAUGUUUUGUUUUGGAACAUCAGCGGGGUUAGAAAAGAGUGCUGCGGUCUUGAAGAAUUUGAAGUCACUGGAGGACAGACAUCUGAAAUCGCCGGUGGAGCCGAGGAAGUACGCUGAGAAGCCAGCAAAGCAUGUGAGCCCGAAAUGCAGCCCCCGUUUCAUCCAGCAGCCUCGUUGAAACUGGAAAGCAGCUAGCCUCCCUUGUGUAGUUUAGCCGAUGGCAAAACCGAGUAAUUUGUAGUUUCUGUAAUUUCAUAGAGCAAGGCUGAAACACUUGCUUCUAUCCGUGUUCAUUCUGAUGCACCUUUCGUUCGGUUUACUAAAAGUACCCUUGGGUGAAAGCUGUAAAAAAAAUGUUACAAGUUUCUUAACAAAACAAGUAAAAAGUAGAGUUUCUAGUUC